AUGGGUAAUGCUCUCCGCUCCAUGAAUAUCUAUCGAGUGUUACUACUCACUCUUAUUCUAGUUCUAGCGAUGACUUGCAGUGUUGAGAGUAAACAGCAGUGCUUCACUUCGUCAUGUGGUAACAUUCACAAUAUAAGCUACCCGUUUCGACUAAAAACUGAUCCGAAAGGAUGUGGUGAAAUGGGUUUCGAGCUGAUUUGUGAAGAUAAUCAGGUUGUUUCAUACGCUGAUGAUGGUCGAUACUAUGUGCAGUCUAUCAAUUAUUCCACUAGACAAGUCAGAUUGGUCAACGAUGGACUGCAAAAGGAUAACUGCUCGUCUUUUCCUCGUAGUUCAUUGUUGCUAAGCUCAUACUUUAACCAAAGUGCAUUGGUCAUUGUGAAUUGCUCAAAGACAAUUAGUUCUCCAUUCUACAUUGCUACCGGUCCAUGCACCGAGGGGUUGUACUCUUCCAACACAUCAUCAAAUUGGAACUUGUAUGCUUUGGUCAAUCCAAAAGUUUCGGAUGUUGGGGAUUUUUGCAACAUUUACAAUUGGACAUGGACAGAUUAUUUUGGAGUUGGAGAACACAUUAACAGUAGCUCCUACAACUACAAGCUAAUUCACAGCAUCAUGGCCGAUGGAUUUGUUAUUCACUUCCGUAUGCCACCGAAGAAAAAUUUCUUUUGCUACUUUGAUUGGUAUGGCUACUUUCAUCUCUAUCGCCACUUUUAUUCCAACCGCUUAGCAAAUAGCGACAUCGGAGGUCUAGUUUGCAGAUCCAUCUACUAUUAUGGUAGUAAGUAUUGA